AGAGAGAGAGAGUGGAGAGAGAGAGAGAGAGAGAGAGAGAGAGAGAGAGAGAGUGUGGAGCUUUUCUUCUUUGCUGAUGCCUUGAAAGGAGGAAUGGGAACAAAGGUACCAAGCAGAUACAAAAGGAGGGGAAAGCGAUGAAGCCUUAUGGGCAUCUCCAUUUCUCAAACCCGAUAUAGCUUCCAUUGGUGGGGUGUGUGUUCUUGAGAGAUUCUAAAAGCUCGUCAUAGAGUGAGACCUUUUCAUCCUCCCCCUCUUGGAAUUAGCAUCGAUUAAGAUCCACUUUACAGCCACCAUGAUGGCAUCUUCGUCCUCCUCCUCCAACCUUAGCGAUCAUCUCGUGCAAGAUGACCUCCCAUGGCCUUCUUCUUCCUCCCUGCCAUUUGCUCCAACUCCUCACAGCGCCGUUAUUGGAGGCAGCCAUCAAUGGAGCCAGCAACCUCCAAUGCUGAACUGUGGUGAUCACCAUCACUCCGAUGAGCUUGAGGUGCUCCUCUCAGCACAAGGCCACAACCACAGCCAUCACGCUGCUUCUCCAUUGGCACCUCACCAGCUCAGCUCGCUGCUAAUGAUGCAAGACCUAGGGUUCCAAUGGAGCAACUGCAGCUUUGCGGACGCCGUCUCCGUGCCCACGAACGGCCAGCAAGAUGGCCACAGCAAGAUCAAGGAGGAGCAGCCAUUCAACCCAAGGUCAUCGUCGUGCGCUGGCGCAGCCAUGGCUUACCAUGACAUCGUCCUCGAUGGCGGCGGCGGCGGCGGCGGCCUCCCCGCCAUGGCCGCCGCCGGUCUGGACGGCGCCGUGCUUCCGAGCGUCAACAUCUCGCGGCCGCCGCAGCAGCUAAUGAAGGCGUGGCCGGCGGCGCCGCCGCCUCUCCCCGGCGACGCGUUCGAGAUACUGGCGUCGUCGAGGCUGUGCAAGACGCUGCUGCUGAGCCAGGCUUCUUCAGUACUGCUCCAUAAUGGCAUGCCUUUGUUGAGAUCAGAGCAUGUGCCCCAUGGCCCUCCUCCUGCCCAUCCCCAAGGACCAUCCGGUGACAACUACAGGCAGCAGAUGGUGGGUGCAGCUUUGGUGAACGAGGCAGCCGGAGGAAACCGCCAUUGGAGCGCGGAGCACGACGCGGCGUGUCAAAAGGCAGCACGCCCGGUGCCGUCGUCGCAGGCGCCAUCGUCGCUGAAGAAGCCUCGAGUCGAGUCGCGCGCCUCCACCAUCGUCCCUUCUUUCAAGGUAAGGAAAGAGAAGCUAGGGGAUCGGAUUGCAGCCCUUCAGCAACUGGUCUCACCGUUUGGCAAGACUGAUACCGCAUCGGUACUCAUGGAGGCCAUUGGUUAUAUCAAAUUUCUUCAAGACCAAGUUGAGACUUUGAGCGGGCCGUACUUGAAAUCCUCCCGAAAUAAGAAACCCAGGACAACACAGCGGGGGCCUUCAGACGCAAAUGGUGGGGAGGAGGAAACAAGGCUUGAUCUGCGCAGCAGGGGGCUCUGCCUGGUGCCCCUCUCGUGCACGUCGUACGUGACCAACGAGAAUGGAGCCUGGGCUCCACCAAACUUUAGGGGAAACUGAUUCAUGUCAACUAGAGACACAACACAGCAGUGUACUCGGAACUGAUCGUAGUCCACGGUUAAUCAGAGUUCUUCAGGCAAAAAAAAAAGAAAACACCA